AUGGUUUUGAAUUCCCGGCCAGGUAAUCCGGCAAUGCUAGUGUUACCAUCUCCCUCGCUUUUAUUCUGUGGGUUUGCUCUGUUUCAGCUGUUUGCUACUCACAUUGAUGGUCAGAGAUCAACAAGUCCAUGGCAGACGCUCAGUGGUGAUGCUCCACUUGUGAUUGCUCGUGGUGGGUUUUCUGGAUUGUUUCCAGAUUCGAGUAGUGAUGCUUACAAUUUCGCAAUACUGACAAGUGUAGCCGAUGUUGUUCUAUGGUGUGAUGUUCAGCUAACCAAAGAUGGAGUUGGGAUUUGCUUCCCUGAUUUGAAUCUGGCCAAUGCUUCCAUUAUCAAAUAUAUUUACCCAAAUGGUCAAAAAUCUUACAUGGUUAAUGGAGUCACUACUCAGGGUUGGUUCACCAUCGAUACCACCUUCAAAGAUCUCGAGAAUGUAACUUUAAACCGAGGAAUAUUAUCACGGUCAGAGAAAUUCGAUGACGUAAAUGGUAUUUCAACGAUUCAAAAUGUAGCCGCCUUGAUAAAACAAGAGGGUUUUUGGUUAAAUGUUCAGCACGACGCGUUCUAUGCGCAACAUAAUCUGAGCAUGAGCAACUAUCUUCUUUCAGUUUCAAGAACUGCUUCCAUUGACUUCAUCUCUUCUCCUGAAGUGAAUUUCUUUAUGAAAAUUGCUGGCCGUUUCGGGCGUAAUGGACCUAGUUUUGUGUUUCAGUUUCUUAGGCAAGAAGAUCUCGAGCCUACGACAAACCAAACCUACGGUUCUAUCUUGAGCAACCUAACUUUUGUCAAGACGUUUGCUUCAGGGAUUCUUGUUCCCAAGUCUUACAUAUUGCCACUCGAUGACCAGCAGUACUUGCUUCCUUAUACAUCGUUAGUUCAGGAUGCUCACAAAGCAGGAUUAGCAGUAUAUGUGUCUGGUUUCUCAAAUGAUAUCUAUAUCGCACAUGACUACAGCUUCGAUCCAGUCUCAGAGUAUCUAUCUUUUGUGGACAAUGGCGAUUUCUCUGUCGAUGGCAUGGUCUCCGAUUUUCCCAUAACUGCAUCUUCAUCCAUUGAUUGCUUCUCCCAUAUUGGCAGAAACGCUAGAAAACAUGUGGAUUUUCUUGUUAUAUCAAAAAAUGGUGCGAGUGGGAACUAUCCUGGAUGUACAGACUUGGCAUAUGAGAAGGCAAUCAAAGAUGGUGCUGAUGUUAUAGAUUGCUCAGUCCAAAUGUCGAGCGACGGUACACCUUUUUGCUCAAGUUCAAUAGAUCUCGGGAACACCACAACUGUCGCCCUAACUCCUCUCAGAAACCGUUCAACAACUGUUCCUGAGAUUAGCUCAAUUGGUGGAAUAUACACUUUUAGUCUCACAUGGCCUGAAAUAAAGAAUUUGACUCCUGUUAUUACAAACCCCUACAGGACUUACACUAUGUUAAGGAAUCCGAAAGAGAAGAAUUCUGGGAAGCUUAUUUCGCUUUCUGAGUUCCUGGACUUGGCAAAAAACUCCACUUCUCUCUCCAGUGUUUUGAUUAAUGUAGAGAACGCAGCAUACCUGAGAGAAAAUCAAGGGCUCGACGUGAUUAAAGCGGUUCUUGAUACCCUCACAGAUACUGGCUUCAAAGAUAGUACAACCACAAAGGUCAUGAUUCAGUCAACCAACAGCUCGGUUCUAGUUGACUUCAAGAAGCAGAGCAAGUACGAGACAGUCUACAAAAUCGAAGAAACCAUUAGUGAAAUCCUUGACUAUGGUACCGAAGAAAUAAAGAAAUUUGCUGACGCUGUUGUCAUCAACAAAGAUUCAGUCUUUCUUCAGUCUGAAUCGUUUGUCACUGGGCAAACCAAUGUUGUGGAGAGACUCCACAAGUCUCAGCUCCCGGUUUAUGUAGAAUUGUUUCAGAAUGAGUUUGUCUCUCAACCAUAUGACUUCUUCACUGAUGCCACUGUCGAGAUAAACUCAUAUAUCAAUGGAGCUGGUAUCAAUGGAACCAUCACAGAGUUCCCUUUCACGGCUGCAAGAUACAAAAGGAAUCGAUGUUUGGCAAGAAAAGACACACCACCGUACAUGUUACCAAUUAAACCCGGUAGCCUUUUAGGUGUUGCGAAUCGUUACCUCUUACCUCCAGCCGAAGCUCCAAGCCUAAUUUUCACAGAUGCUGAUGUCAGUGAGCCACCAUUACCUCCGGUUACAGCAAAAUCCCCAACCUCAACCCCUGUAACUUCAUCAACCAAUGCACAAGCACCUAAUGAACAAACCCAACUCACUCUAUCUCUUCUCUGCUCUGUUUUUUUCCUCUCUCGUCUACUUAUGUGAUCAACCCUAAAUCUCAUCCUCCUCUCUGUUCAUAAUGUCUUCCACCCUCGUAUCAAAUUUUAGA